GUGACUGUUACGUGAACAUCUUUCAGGAGUAUAACUUACACGUGGUUUGUUUACAGGAAUGAGGAAGGUUGUUUGGUUCGCAGAAAUUCUUUGGCUUUCAUGGUUUUUCUGUGCAAUAAGUUCCGGGUUGGACCCUGGAGAGCAGGCCAAGGUAAAUGCGGCUCUCGAUAUGGCUCAGUUUUCACUUAAUGCUGUUAACGAAGAUUUUCAGGCUGAAGCAAAAACCAUCAGGGAGUUGCGAAAGGUUUCGGCUCAAACGAAAAGUGCUGAUUUAUUGCAGAAGCAGACAAAAUUAGCCAAGAUCGGUUCCAAAGUUGGCAAAGCUCUUAAAGCUGUGCAGGCUGUAUCUGCCGUUGCAAGUUUCGUGUUUGCUUUCUUUAUGCCAAGUGAGCUCGAUGUCAUCACAGGUUUGAUAAACAAACGCUUCAACGAAGUCAACAAUAAGCUGAAUCGUCUGGACGAGAAACUCGACGAAAUCGAGAAAUCCAUCAAUGCGAAUACCGCUUUCAACACUUUCUUGUCUACCUGGAUCAAAUGGGAGUAUAAAUCGAGGAAUGGAGCCAAGAAAUUAUCCAGCAUCCGCAAGCUAAUGGGGACUAAAACAAGAAGAAUAGAACAAGUAAAGCUCGCCGAAGAAUACGUCAAAUAUUACGAAAACAAUAAUUUGGACGGCAACUUGCUGAACCUCUACAGAAUGGCAGCUCUGCCAGAGGCUACCACCCAGCGAAACAUCUUCGACAGAUUUAUCGCUAAAUUUGGCUGCGAUAUAACGAAGCUGUCAGAAUUAAUGAUCCUCAUCAAAAACAUAAUGACCAGCGCUGCUCAGCAGAAAAUGACUUACUACUACUUCAAGGGCUACCAAAGUAGAGCCAAGAAUGGUUUCAAAGACAUCCAGACGUACUUCUUCAAAAUUCGUCGAGCCUUUGACGAUCGAGUCUGGCACUGCAGAAGAAACUCUCUGAGCCACGCGAAGAGGGAUGCUAACAAGAUUUUGAAGACAGUAAAAGGCUCUACCCGUGAAGGCAUAGUUCGAACCAUCUUUGAAAAACUUAAAGUCAAGUACCCCUGGUACACAUGGGCAGUGGCAGCAGUCAAGAAUGACCGUCCAAGGAUACGUGGCAGUACAUAUUUUCGGGUAGAGGACCGCUCUGAUCCCAAGAAAAUAAAGGUGUAUUUUGUAGUUCUCGAGGACACUAAGUCGUCUGCAAACUGCAAUGAUAUUACGCAAGCCAAGACCUUGCUAGUUUUCAAAAAAUGCGGUGGGUGCAAUUCCGACUAUAUCUCUGCCGCUAAUAACAUUCUGUCUACGAAGAGAUGCGGAAGCUCGACGCUGAAGCGGGUUGUUAAAUACCAGUGCUCCAGGUGCGGGUUUAUUGCAUCAGCAGUCAACACCAUCAACGAUAUAUGUCAGUUAGACAGUUGCAGUAGCCAUGGUCAGUGCAGGCAAAUACCAUUCACGAAAACUCAUCGAUGUAUCUGUGAGAAGAACUACGAAGGAGGAUCGUGUGAAAAACGCUUAGACUUCGAUGACACCAUCGAUAAGCUUAUCGCGGAAUUAAGAAAAACUUUUAAAGUUGUAAACAACGUUCCUACCACUGUGGACGUGUUCUUCUCCAUAAGGUCGCUGUCCAAGAAGUUAAACGUGGUUUUACAGAAGAUCAAGGCUUCCUUCGCCCACACGAAUAACAUUAUCAAACAUUCCCAAAUAAUUUACACCGUAGAAGAUAUAGCAGAUCUCUAUGCAAAACUCCAGAAGAACGAGAUGACUUUUGAUCAGUUUGGUCGAAAAAUCGAUAAGUAUUUGCAGACAGUUUCUACUUUUAAGCUACAGAACAGAUUGAAGAAGAUGAUUCUUGGUCAAGGUACUUUAGACACCCCUGGAAACGACAUCUAUAAUUCGUACAAGCGAGAAUACCUAAGUCACAACGGAGGCGGUUGCUCCGCAAAGUACAAUAAAGACAUCAAGGGUUUCAGAGACAGCUUAGCUUACUUGGACCAGGCAUUGGGAGAGGCGCUCUUACUGCAUCAAAAGUGGUUGCUUGAGACGAAAGGAGAAACAGAAAACCUCCGCAAAAAGUACAAGAAAGAAGCAGAGUACAUACGAAACAUCUUCAAAAGUCGGCAACAGAAAUACAAGCAAUACUGGAAGAAAUACAGCUGUGAUCCUAUUAGUGUUAGUGGUACGAGUGUUUCGUGCAAGGACCAGUUGACCUUUGAAGGCAUGACUAUAACUUUAAGGUGCAACAAGCAGAGGCGCUCGACUCCGGGACAAGUUACUUGCAAGAAGAUCGGCAAUAUCUUAAAAUGGGACUCUCAACCAAAAUGUAAAUACGUUUGUGGAAAUUUUGGUCGCUGGGGUCGCUGUUCGAAGAGCUGUGGAGGAGGGGUCAAGUUCCGUUACAGAAGUUGCUUAGGGACAAGCAAUGUCAAUAACUGCAAAAGAGACCAAGGUGGAUCACAUUACCAGACUGCAAAAUGCGAGACCCAAGACUGCUGCUCUGCACAGUACGGGAAGUUCAGAUGUUCCAAUGGAAGAUGCUUACGUAAGAGUUGGCUUUGUGAUGGAGAUAAUGAUUGUCGCAACAACGAUGACGAAAGCAGGUCUCGAUGUCCACACUUCAUUCGCUCGGGUGACUUGAUAGCAUUGAGAAGUAACGCCAGAAGAAAUAACUGGUUGAGCUGUUAUUGCACUGUCAACUGUGGUGUUGAUCGUUGCAAACUUCGACGUUGUCCUGGAAGUCAAAUGACGGGAAGCGAUUGGAGUUCCUGCAGCAGUGAAACAUUCAUACUGUAUUUGACACACUACAGUCGUGGGGAACCUGCUAGAUAUGGUGACUCAAUCGCUCUUUAUUAUGGUGCGGGCCACUGGCUGAGUUGCUGGGGCAGUGGAAGUGUUUGUCCGACGAGGAAUUGUCCCGGUUACGGCAGGUGGGAUUCCAGAGAUACAAAGAAGUGUCGUGGAGAAAGAUUCUGGAUAUAUUCACCCGAACGUCAAGGCAGGUGUUCCACCAACACAAAAGUUGGUUGCCGAGGAAAACCAAUACAUAAGGGUGAUAACGUCUUCAUACAAUACUCCAUCCAGCGUGGCCGGAGAGGGUAUUGGCUGAGCCAAGACAAUAAGGACAUCAGAACCCGAACCUGCCCUGGCAUUUACAUAACUAAAAGUGACAAAAGACGGUGCAGUAGUGAAAGCUGGGACAUUUUUGCCCGCUAGGGGUCAUGUAGACGGCAGGACAUUUACUGCUAAUAGUGCGAUUGUUUUGCUUGUUUUUUUGGUUUUUUUUUUUAAUUUUCAUACCUCUUGUUUUUUUUUUCUAUCUCAUCAUCAUUUGAGACUUCUUCAAAGGGUCAUAUUUAUCAUGAUUCAGCCGAUUUAGGCAGUACGAACAUCGUUGAAAGCGACGGGUCCUAGACGGCAGACCUGCGAUAAUAAAUUAAAGCAUUUCUAUUACACAAAUUCUAAGCCCCGGCUCGUUCAAACGUGCAUGACAAAUUGCAAUCAAAAUAAAAUUACCAACAACGUGAAACUCUUUGAGCACGACUUGAAAUGUGAGAUGUUUUAAACAUGUUUUAAAGUCGUAGGUCCAGGCAAUUUUGAAUGAGUAGAGUUGCAUGUGCACAGAUGGAAGCUAGGAACGACACCGUAACGCCUAAAUCGGUCUUCAAAAUUCUUUAUUUAAAGGAGCUAUCUCAGGUUAUUUUGUGGUCUUUGAGGCAAACUUCGGGUUAAUUCAAAACUUAGAACAUUUCUAUACACAAAUUGGUCUCAGAUCUCUAACAGAAGGACAAGGUACUUUUCAACGUAGAAGCGGUUUAUAAUGGUUCUUACCAGACAGGAGAGUUAAAAGUUGAAAAACAGUGGACCACUUUUUUAAGUCUUUGUUCGUUUCCAUCUUGGCCAUCUGUAGGCAAGAAGUCCUAAUUUUUAUUAGACUGCACAGUAGUAAGAUAGUCUUUAACAAAACUGAAACGUUAUUUUGAGUUUUCAUCGGUACAAGCAUCGCCUCUGGCUUGUUAAAUUCAUGGCAGACACUCUUGAAAUAGCCCUUUUAAACCAAACUCUUCCACUAUGUUUUUGUUUCAGUCUUUCAUCAAAUAAUUUAGGUGAGCUUAGUAGACAGAGAACUAUCCUGACUGCGUUCCAUGCAAAAGGGCUGUGGAACUACUAAGUUUGAUCGUAGAAUAACACUGAAAUACUGCAAUUAGUUUGGGUUUAGGAUAGACUAGCUCGCAGUCAUUUAGUUGCCUAUGCUUUAUUAAAAGUUUUAAAAGAAGGGACCACGUCGCAAAAAGUACCCCCAGUUAUUUAACCAUGAUAGAGUGCUUGAAAGCAAAAUCGCUAACUAACUUUCGGUACUUUUAAGAUAAUAGGGUGUUGGAGCUGUUUUCAAAUAGGUUAGUGGUUCAGCUCGAAUAAAGAGGCCACCUUUUUUAACAGUAUAGUGGUGCAACGACCCAUCCUUUGCAUCGCGUUGUACAUGUUCAGAACUUCUGAACAGCGUGGUUUCUUGCGCUUUCAUUUCUGCUGUUACCGUAGAAACGCAGUCCAGCAAGAAAAAAAUGAAUUGGAUUUUCAAUUCAAAAUCUUUUCCCCAACAGGAUUGUGACUUAGUUAAUUUAGUGAUUUUCUUAAGUUCAGUAAAAAAAGUGAUGAUUCCAAUGAUUUUGCUGAUUAACUGGAAACGUAUUGUGGGUAUCAAGUAGGAUGUAGCUAUAUAUAGUGAUAGAUCAAAUUCUCUGUAAUUGAUGAUGACAGGCACAACCAAUCAAGUGUAUUAGGAUAUGACCGGAUUUGACGUUACGAACGGUCAACUGGAUCGAGUCAAUAAUAAACUUG